AUGCCUCCCAAUGUGUAUGUCAAGAACGGUCUGCGGCAUGUUGAGCCGUACAUGAGACGCAUCACCGCCGUUGCGAGGCCGCGCUGGGUCGGGAAACCGUUUCUGGAGGUGCUGGCGACCGAUUUCCGCGGCAGAGACAUCGGCAGGUUCAGCGAGCUGAUCGAUUCUGGAGACAUGUAUGUCUGGCGACGCACGCCAGCAGGCGUGGAGACCGUGCGUGGCGCACAGCUGCGAACAGAAAAACUGCGGCGCGGAGACAGAAUCAGCAACAGUAUACACCAGCACGAGAAGCCCGUCAUCGCGGCCCCGAUAGACGUCCUUCACGAGGACAGCGAGAUGCUGGUGGUGAACAAGCCGGCAGGGGUUCCGGUGCAUUCGACGUCAGGAUACCUUCAGAACACUGUGCUGGAGAUUCUGAAGCGCGAACACGGGCAGAGCCAGCUCCAUCUGCUGUAUCGUUUAGACAAGGCUGUUUCUGGGGUGCUCAUUAUGGCUAAAAAUCUCGCGAAAUUCAAGCAGCUGCGGGAGGAAAUCGACGACAAAAAAAGGGUGCACAAAGAGUACGUAGCACGCGUCCGUGGCCGGUUCCCGGGCUCUGCGGCGUGCCACGACAACGUGGUGGUCGUCGACCCUCUGAAGAAGUAUCAAUACGGCGGCGUGGGCGCGCCGAAGAGGGCCACCACGAACUUUUCGCUGCUUGAAUACAAUUCUGAGCUGGACGAAAGCACGGUCAAAUGCGUGCUCCAGACAGGCCGAAAACACCAGAUCCGAAUACAUCUGCGAAAUUUGGGACACCCGAUUGUGAACGACCCUCUUUAUGGCCCUUCUGGGGUCCUGGGCGCACCCAUGACGUCGCGGCCGUCCAGUAAAGAAUUUUCUCUGAUCCAAGAAAAAGCAGAACAGCUACUGAGUGCCAUAUCGCUUCCCGGGAAGUGCGAGGUGUGCGGGUUCCCGAACCACGUCGACCCGACUCCCGAGGAGCUCGUGAUAUACCUGCAUGCCCGCAAAUACAUGGUGCAAGGGUCCUGGAGCUACUGUGCUCCAGACCCUGGCUGGGCCAAAUUUCCAUAG